UUCUUUAAUACAUUUAAAAUUAACCAAACUAACGACAGUUGCCUACAUUUAUUUUAGGUUAAUUCUUGUUUCCGGUGAUUUUAGCUAUCUUCACUACUAUUCCUUCCGUGUUGAAUGUACCGUUAAUGAAAUUGAAUUCGAUUUCAUUCGACUAUUUAUGUAACUUUUGGAGUUUACUUGCACAUUCUGCAAUAUGACUACAGUGCCAGCUGUCAUAUUUAGUCUCUGUUUUAGCUUAACAAUACUUAGCUGUGUGUGUGAUGGAGCGAAGACUUUUCCACCAGGGUUUAAGUUUGGAGCCGCUACUUCUUCUUACCAAGUGGAGGGCUCAUGGGAUUCCGAUGGCAAAGGCGAAAGUAUUUGGGAUCGCUUCGUACACAAAUUUCCUGAAGCUAUAAUUGACAAUUCGACGGCGGAUGUAGCUGCCGAUUCUUAUAAAAAAUGGAAAGAAGACAUCAGAAUAGCUUCGGAGAUGGGACUGCAGUUUUAUAGGUUUUCAAUUAGUUGGCCUCGCAUAUUCCCCACAGGAUUCACAAACAAACCUAACCAAGCUGGGAUCAAGUAUUAUAGUGAUUUGAUUGAUGCAUUAUUAGAUGUUGGUAUACAACCAAUUGUCACCCUAUACCAUUGGGAGUUGCCAGUUGCCAUACAGGAUCUGGGUGGUUGGGCAAAUCCUUACAUAUCAGACUGGUUCGCGGACUAUGCCAUUCAGGUGUUUUCUCUAUACGCUGAUAGAGUGAAAAUAUGGCUAACAAUAAACGAGCCGUGGUUAAUCUGUGACGUUGGAUACGUAGAGGGCACAUUUGCUCCAGGAAUAAAAGAGGAGCAAUUGGGCCCCUAUAUCUGUAGUAAGAAUUUGUUAAUGGCCCACGCGAAGGCAUACCGGAUUUUUGAUCGAAACUUCAGGAGUUUGUAUGGAGGUCGUAUAUCGAUAGCCAAUCAUUUGCUGUGGUUUGAGGCCGAGACUCCAGAAAACGAGAAAUUAGCACAACUUACUAUGGAGUACAUGGUGGGUCGUUACUGCCACCCAAUAUUUUCGAAACAAGGUGGAUGGCCUCCGAAGGUUGAAAAGCUGAUGAAGGAUUAUAGUCAGAAACAGGGUUACAGCAGGUCACGCUUACCUGCCUUCACUGCUGCGGAGAGAAGGUUUGUCAGAGGUACGGCAGACUUCUUCGCCAUGAACUACUACAUGGGUCUAUCUGUGAGACAAGCUAAACCCGGCGAGAAAAUUGUGAAUCCGAUCAAGUCCGGAACGCAUGAACUAAAUGCUGUGAUGACAAUUCCACCUAAUGCUUAUACAAGCGCCACUAGAGUGGUCUACCCUGUAGGACUUCGACGCUCACUGUCAUGGGUAAAGAAAUCUUACGGAAAUUGGGAAAUAUUUAUAACUGAAAAUGGUUACCCAACCGCUGGAUUGGAGUUGGAAGAUUACGAUCGAGUUGUUGGAUUAAAGGACCAUUUGGAACAGAUACAUCUUUCAAUAUAUGAAGAUGGAGUUAAUGUUAUUGGCUAUACAGUCUGGGCAUUAAUGGACAAUUUUGAAUGGAUAGAUGGCUACAGCGUUCGCUUCGGCCUUUACCAAAUCGAUUUCAACGAUCCAGACCGUAAGAGGGAAGCAAAAUUGUCAUCCAAGUAUUACAAAUGUGUUAUUAAGAACAACUCGUUUGAUGUGCCAAAGGAAUGCUUUAAUAUGAGCUUUAAUCAGACUGAAAUACGGUCGAAGAGGCAAAUAAAUCUACCGAACGUCCCAUUUCUUCCAAAGCCGAGUGAAGUGGCCAAUGGUGUUGACUUUAUGAAGGAAGUGUAUGAUAACAGACACUGUAUAGCUAAAGUUAUGUGUUUAUUCGGAAAAAUUUUGACACUUAUGGGUAAUAGGUAGAGGAUUCAAUACAUGGUUUACAAAAUUGCGUUACAAUUAAUUUGUUCAAAAUUUUACCUUAAAUCAUUAUUUCCAUAGACACUUGGUUGGCGUUAGUGGUAAUGGUACCUUAAUAGAUCUGAAAUUAAUAUUAUUUCAUCGCUCGAAUGUUUAAGAAUCACGUAACAAAGUGUGGUUGCCAUACAGAGAUUAGAAUAGUUUCUCGUAUAGUUUUCUUUCAUAAAAGCCGGAAUAAGAGUUAUCAAUACAUUAUUAUUUAAAUUGUAAUCGUCAAAAACAACCAAAGGAGCCUCUGAAAAUGGGCGUUGGCUUUAAAAAUUUACGUGACAUAAUUGUUAAAAAUUAAUUCCUAAUUCUUACGAAAUUUGAAAAUUUUGUUCAUGUAGUAACAAUUUAUUGUUGUUAAAUAAAGUCUUUAGAGUCUUUUUUCUAUGUUACCUAAAUAUCUUAUAUAUUUAGUCUACGAAUGGUCAGCAUUAGCAAUUUGAUACUUGAAGUACCUUUGUAACGUUUGUGUGUUACGUAUAAUAUAAAGAUGAGCUAAUUAAUUUGUAACUGAUUAUAUAAAAUUAAUAUUAUAAGCAUUAUAAAUAUUGCCUUUA